AUCAACGGCUGUAGUGGCUCCCAGCUUCAGUCGCUCCUCAGACGUGACCGCGACCGCUCAUUGCCGAUCCACCAAAACGAAACUGCGUCGCGUUCGAGCCUAGUAAACAGAGCCCACAAGCAAACAACGAACUGGCCAGCGCCCAUUUGCCAAGAUCCCAACACCCCACUGAAGAGGAUUCCGGAUUCCGGACUCCAUCUUCCACGACAAACCCUGACUCCCCCCACAACAACCAAAAGCUGGCUUUUGGUGGCGAUCACUGAUUCGACCCGACCAUCGGCACGUCCAUUCAACCGCUCUCGAGUCUCGAUUCGACAACAACCCACACAAAUCGACGACUUUGUGCGCAUUGCAAAAAAGCUAAAGCUGAGGCAAAAACUCAAAUACAAAUACAAAUCGUGAUAAAUGUUCGCUUAAAUUGUGCAAACGUUAUUCGAUGAAUUGUGUUUCGGCCAAAGACCAUUUCGGUAUCGACUAAUUAAAAUUUGACGUGCAUCCGCAAACUCCGAAAACAAAAACUCCGCGACGACACCUGGCAAGUGAAACACAUAUGUAUACUCAUUUGUGUGCCACCUAACGAGUGAGUUGUUGAUACAUCAUCGCGACAAUAACCCCAAGCCCCCACACCCCCACCUUCCGCCCCCAAACAAACAAAUAAGUAAUUAGAACUGCGCAAAUUACUUGAACUGAAAAAAAAGCCAACACGAACACACACAUAGGCGGAAUGCUGUUUUGAGCUGAAAACCAUUUAAAUUGCCUGCUUAAAUGGAAAUUGCGAAAAGUUCAAGCAGUUCGAUGAGACUGUCACACAAAGAGUUCACUUAGGGUUUCGAUUCUUCCGAAAGAAAGAAGAUACCCCAAAAGGAGAGAGAAAUACAAAGACAGAUCAAGAGAAACAGACAGAGAGAGAGAGAGAGAGGGAGAACAACUACAAAUUGAGGAGAAUCCACUAAUCUAAGAUGCAACAACAGCAACAACAGCAAUCUGGAGCAACAACAGCAAACGGUGGACCCCGCGUCAGCUUUAAUCGGGACGUCCAUGUGAAGCGGAUAGGCAAGCGUCCCAGCGAAUACGAAUCCAGCCCGGUCCAGAGCUACCACCAACUGCCGCCGGACAUCGAUCCAGCGGACAUUCGGAAGGAGGCAGCACUGGUCAUCGCCCAGGCGGGCAGGCACCACAGCAAGGCGGAGAACGGAGAAAAUAUAUCGAACUUCAGGAACAAACAGAGGCGCCAGAGCGCCAGCGACGCCCAGAGGUUCCAUUCGCUGCCGACGCGCAAGAAGAAGGGCAAGCCGGUGGCCAGGAGUGCCAGCGACGCCUCCACCAAGAAGCCAGCGAGCAAACGGCCCUCGAUCUUCGGGCUCUUCAGCCGCAAGAGCGACUCGAAUGUCAGCCAGUUGGAGCGGGAUCCGCGCUUCGAGGACGGCGGCGCCAGGCGUCUAGUGCGCAGCAAGAGUGAUGUGGGCGGGCGCAGUCCCGCAGACAGCAGCAGAGUAACCAAGAGGCCAGAAGCAGCCGCCAGCACCUCCGCCUCCAAGCAGCAGCUCAGUCCCAUCAUCGAGCAGGCCCAGAGGGAGGACUUCUUCGAGAAGGAUUACUUCAGGGAGCGCGAGAGGCGCAAGUCGGACGCGGUCACCCUGCGGGAGAAGGAUGAGUCGGGACUGAGCGAACUGCUGGCCCGUAGCCGCUCCCAGGUGGAACCAGACGGCUCUCUGCUGAAGCGGGAGCCACCGCCUGCACCAGGAGGACCCUCCUCCUCCUCCUCCGCCUCCGCCUCCGCCUCCGCCUCCAUAUCGGCGGGCAUACGCGACCGAAUCGAGACCCUGAAGGCCAAGUCCAACGAGAAUAUGCACAGCUCCCAGCAGCCGGCCGAGCGCCUGCCCCUCACCAAGGGACGCACCGUGGACGGACUGGUGAAGCGCCUGUCCAUGGAGCGCUUCUCUCCGCAGCCGUACAUCAGCCAACCCGGCUUCUCCUACAUCCGGCCCAACGAGGGCAUCACAUACGCCCAGCUGGACCACAGUCCGCUGGACGAGACCCGCCAGCGGUCACCUCUGGGCCGGGACAUGCGCUCCCCUCAACGGGAGUAUGCCCCGCCCAGGCCGCCGCGGGCCAACGACAGAUCCCAGCACAGUCCCGGCCAGGAGCAGGGCCAGGGAAGCUACUCCCCGACCUCCAACGGUGGAGCUCCGCUCCCCCCUCGAGUGAGCCACUCCCACUCGCACUCGCCCUCCCCGUGGCAGCAGCUCAGUCCCCGUAACCUCAGCGACGAGGACGAGGGCCUGGGCUAUGAGCCGCGCAAGGUCUACUACGAGGACGAGUACCCGAACGCGUCCAGGCGGGAGCCCGAGCCGCCCAUUGUGCCCGUGAUACGCAGUGUCAGUCCGUCGCCGUAUCUGGACGAGUUGGGAUACAGGAGGGCGCAGCUGGAGACCCGCAUACUCACCCGCCGCUUCGGGGAGGGAGUCGCCACUCUGGAGCGCCAGAGGGACCUACACAGAGCGGAGCAACAGCCGGAACGGGAGAGGGAUAGGGCUCGUGUCUACCUGAGUCCCGAGAGAGAAGAAGAGCAGCGCUUCCACCGCCUGGCCGUGAGGCCGGAGUUGUCCAGCGAGUAUCCACAGCAGGAGCGCUCCCAGGUGGACGGCACUCUGCCCAAGAUGGAGAAGACGUCGCGCUACCGCCACACAAAGUACUACGAUGACGGCCACGGCGGCGUCAAGGAGACCUACGUGCGGGAGACGCAAAAGGACGGACAGAUCCGGGAGUCGCGGCACCGCGAGCGGAUCGGGGAGCGCGAACGCGACUACAACUCGGCGGACAGACUGGAGCAGGAGCCGAAGAGCCUCGACUCGCAGCUGACGGGCGGCACGGACCUCUACCGAUCCUCGCCAGAACUGCGCGCCCAGCAGCACCAGACAGCGGCCUCGUCGCACCAGACGCAGGACCACUGGCAGAGCAGCCUCAAGCGGGACAAGCUGCAGCAGCGGAGCUUCGACAAGGGCGACUCGGGCAUCGAGAAUGACUUCCGCAAGGAGUCCUUCAACGGGGAUCUAACCACGAGGUGGCGCAAGCGCACGGCCCUCGAUGACAUCCGGUCGUGCGAGUCCUUUCUGCGCAAGGAGCGCCGUGACAGCGCCCAGCAGCGCCAGCUGCAGCGACAGGCCAUCCCCGCUCGUCUGCGGCGGGAGAACAGCUACGUGUACAGGGAGCGCUCCAUCGACGAUGGCUCCCACUUCGAUCCGCAUCUGGACAAGUACCCGGUGGCCACCAGCACCCUGCGACGACGGGAGCAGCACUCCCAAUCCCAGUCGCAGUCGCAGACGCAGACGCAAUCUCGCGAGGAUUCCAGCACGCUGAAGCGCAACAAGAAGCUGGGGGGCUUCGAGAAGGUCAAACAGCUGUUCACCGGCGCUGGAAGUGGCAGUCACGGCGGAAGCGGACGCAGCAGUGGCAGCAACGUCUCCAGUGGCAAGAAGGAGCGCCUGAGCAACGGUCACAGCAACGGCAGCACCUUGAGUCGCCGCGACAAGGAGAAGCAGAGGGAGAAGGAGAGGGAGAAGGAGAGGGAGCGCUAUAUGGUCAGAGAGGAGGAGAUGCGUUCGCGCUACCGUGAGCAUCAGGCCCUAGCCGAGGAGACCUCACGCGAACCAAAGACUAUCGAUAUCUCGAUGCGACGCCGACUGUCCACGCCCAAAGCUAGUCCCCUGCUGCUGAAGCGCAGUUCGGCGGAUAAGCCGCCCAAGAAACUUUCACAGAAGACCAAGGAGGCGACGGCGACGCCAUCCCCGGUGAAGGUGGAGAAGACGAGCUGGUUCAAGUCCCUGGAUCGGCGGGCCAAGAGCAGUCCCAAGGAGCUGAAUGUGUCUGUCAAUGGACACAGUGAGAACACCUCCAGCCUGAAGCGCAGCAAGCGGAACGGAGCGACGGCGGCUCCGGCCAAGAAUCUGCGCUUCUUUGGCGACACCGAUCUGGACUCCAAUCCACCCACCAUCUCCAAGGCCAGCAGUAUGCCCAGAAGCCGUCCGUCUCUGGGUCAGUCAAAGCACUCGCAGAGUGCCUACAAUCUGGACCGCAGUCCGCCUCCGCCCUCGAGGGACUAUCGCCACACACUCUCGGGGCAGUCGCAGGGUCAAUCAGCAGUCAGCAGUCGGCAGCGUGCCAGCUCCAUGCAGCACCUGGACAACGGCAGCGACGAGGUGGACUUCCGCAAGCGGCGGCAUUACUCGCGCUCCCGCGAACUCCAUGACAUCUCGGAGAGCGGCUCGGAGCCAGAGCCGGCGGAGCGGCACAAGCGCAGCUCCACGCAGAGGGCCAUGUCGCUGGAGAGAUCGGCAGCGGAGGGGCCGCGGGGCCAGCGCUUCGAGGACCGCCCGCUGAUGGGGCCACCGAAGCCCGCACGUAGUGCAGAGCGUCGGGGACUCCUCUCCAGCUUGGGCCAGGAAAACGUCGGCUACGGCAGGGAUCGCUUUCCGGCCGAGAGCUCCGGCACCGAGGGCGAGUCCAGCCUUCACAGCCAGCGAAGCGUUGUCUACCUGCAUGCCACCACAGUGGGCGACAUCCCACAGCCAUACAACCUGCGCCGUCGCUCCGUGUCCCGCGAGGACCUGCGCAAGGGAGGAGCAGGAGCCGUGAAGCUGCAGCAGCCGCCACCUCUCCAGCCCAUGACGCGUACCGUAUCCAGGUCCGUGUCCAUGCUGGCCCCCUGGAAGCCCAAGCACAUCAGCGAGGGCUACGAGAUCAACUACUCGCAGGAGCAGAACAAGCGGAUGUCCACACUGCCACGGAAGCCGCCGCCGCACAAUGGAGCCACCAGUGCCAGUACCUUGAGUCGCCUGGGCCGCAAGAACGACACUUCGACGCUGUCGACGCCGUCGCGUCGCUACCACAUGGACAGCCUGGAUCGGCCGCCGCCGCCCCGGUCCGUGCUCUCCGCAUCGAAUUUACGGAGCGCCAAGACAAAGUGAGAGAGCUCCGAUCCGUUCCGAGCUGCUCCACUGCCGGUGCUCUGUCCCCCUUCCGCCCCGUCCUGUCCUGUCCCCGAGUAACCACGCCAAGCCGUCCUCUAAUUGUAAUCCUUAAUUCGAAACCGACGAAAAUGUAUUUCUAAUCACUUGCAGCAUCCCAGAUGGAUCCCAGAUGGGAGAGGAGAGGAGAUGAUGUGAGGGGAUAUGGAUGUAUGCCUUUGCUUAGUCUGUAGGAAUUCUUUAACCCUUGUUGCAAUUCUCGUCAUAUUUUUAAAAUGUGAAAUGUAAAAUGUAAUCGUAUUCGUAUUCGUAUUCCAGUAAUAA